GUUCCACAGUACUUAACAUCUGUGACUAAUUCGUAAACACAAAGUCUGAGCCCUAUGGUUGAGGAGGGAAAAAUGUAAUGUUUAUGUUCGCGGUUCAGUGACAUAUUGUGUGAUACAGUCUUGUGUGCUGUGGUAGUGUGGUGAUUUUGACAGAUAUUUAGUGAAACAGCUGAAUGUGUGUGGCUUCUGCAAGUAAGUGUAUCUACGCCUUGAACAGACUAAUAACAUAUAGUGAAGAAAAUGAUAUCUACGAAGGGCAAACAAAGUCCCAAAAAGGGUAGUGGUAAGCUUAAGGAUUCCAGUAAAAGCAGCACGAAGAUGAAACCUGUUGAAGUACCUGAGUCACCAUCAAAAGAGCCAGUAUUAUCAUUCCCACUCCUUAAAACAAUGGAUAAUAGCAGAACUCUACCACGUUAUUCUGCUAUACUCAGUCGUACAGAAGAAGAGGGAGUUGGUAUGGAUGAUCUAGACGCUCUACAACUUGAACUGGAGGCAUUACUUUCAGCUGUUGUUGUACGAAGCAGGGUGUUGAGAGAAGAGAUACAAGUCCUUAGUAAUGCCGAAGAAAAGAGGGAUAAAAAAGGGAAGCUCUCGAUUAACAAACCACCUCUUUCACCAGGGAAAAAGAUCAAAUUGCAAGAUAGACCAGUGAAAAAGCUUAAAGAAAUGCCUGGUAAAAUCAGGAGUGAGGUAGCACAAGCUCCUCUUCCUAUUAAAUUCACGAAGGUAAAACAUGUGCCUAGUGCAACUUUGAGCCAGUCACCCUUACCUCUUCCUGAACAUGAUCAACAAGACUUGAGCAAAAUGGAGGCACCUAAAAUUGUGCUUCCAAAAAAUGACACACCAAAUAAAUUUUGGGCAUCUGUUGAACCCUAUUGUGCUGAUAUAACUCCAGAAGAUGUUAAAUUGCUUGAAGAACUAAUACAAGAACAUGAAAAUGAUAGUGAAUACUAUAAAAUUCCACCACUUGGACGCCAUUAUAGCCUGCGCUGGAGUCAAGAAGAUUUAAUGGAGGAGCAGGAGGCAUCCAGUAAUGAUAGUAAAAGUAAAUCAAAUGGUAAUAAUGCAGAGGUUAAUAACUUGCUAAAGAAGGCAGAAAAACCUGGUGAUGGGACAACAGGUUCAACACCUGCGUCAGGGCCGCUAACACAGCGCCUCAUUUCUGCAUUGAUGGAAGAGAAUAUUAUGGUGCCACUUUCUGAACCUUUUGACCCAAAAAAAUGCAGGAGUGGGGAAAAUGCAGCACCUCGCUCAGGUCUUUUUAGAAAUUUUGCUGUUAGUGGUGCAGCCAAUUUUGAAAGAAUUGUUAGAAAAGAGCUUGAAGAACAAGGCAUAUUUGAAUUUGAUGAAAGUCCAGAUCCAGAGGAUGAUGAAAUUUUACAAGAGUUAAAAAGAUGUCAAGAAGAAUUAAAGUUAGUAAAUGCACAUAAUGUUCAACAGUUAAAGAGACUUUUAAGACUUGCAAAUGAGGAAAUGGUAAGGCAGGAUCUAAAAAGAAAAUUGCAACAAGCAGAUAAUGAAGUUCUAGAGAUGUAUCGCAAGGUCACUUCAGCAAAGCAGAAGAAGAAACCACUGUCAAAAAAGGAACAAGAUGCAGUAUGGAAGGCUCUUAAAGAUAGAGAUGCAAUUUUGAUGAGCUUGGACUCUCUGUAGAGAUAUAGGCUUAAUUUGAGUUAUAGAAUGAUGUUUUGAAGUAUAAAAAAGUUACAGAAGUGUGUAACAGUAUUGGAAAAAAAUUCUGGUACGAAGUGUGCCUGUUCGUGUGAUUAAAAUAUGUAAUAUUGCUCAUAAACAAAAACUUAAUUUAUACCUUUUAGUAAUACAGUGAAUGUUAUGAUCUCGAGUUAUUUUGUGCUUUAUGAUUUUCUAGAUUAGUUGAAAAGGCAUCAUAAUUCUUUUAAUUUCUCUUUUAUAGUUCGACAAAUUUUUUAUACCAUAGAACUUGCUUCAAGCACUCUCCAGAUAUUUCUAUGUGAUAAUAUAUUAGUGUGUGGGAAACAGCAUUGUGCCAUUACUAUUUUCGUGAAUUGGUUUUUAGAUUCUAUUUACAGAGAAACAUUUCUGUAAUUGCCUUUCUCAUUUUUCAAUAAUUAAAGGUCAAAGUUUUUGAUGCAUAUAAAAUUAAUACAUUGCUGCAUGGAGUAAAGAAACAUUGAGACAUUUGUAUGGAACAUAGAUAAUGAGAAUACAUUUAAAAGUUACUUGUGAUAUCUUUUUCAUUAGUUGCAACACUAUUUCUGCACUUUGCUAGAAACUUGAUAAUGCAGCUCACAUUUGUGUGUAUGAGAUUGCAUGUGACUGUGCUGUGGUAGCUGCAUUGUGUUAACUACAGUUUUUUUCUGCCAUUUCUCAGUUUAUGUACAAAAAUAAAAAAAAAAAAAUGUAAAUGUA